UUAAUCUUUAUUCAUGACUCAGUUACUUAACGACUAUCACGGUUAAAUCACGCAAACAUGGUUAAAGCUCGAAAAUAUGUCGUUAGAAAACAUUUCGAAGGAUUUCCUAAACGCGAUGACUUUCAUAUUGUGGAAUAUGAAUUACCUCCUUUACAAAGCAGUGAAAUUCUCAUCAAAACAGAAUGGAUAAGUGUAGAUCCAUACCAACGAGCAUACAACAGGAAAUUUCCCACCCCAUUUGACCAAUUCGGCUUCAUUGUGGGAACAGUAGAAGAUUCCAGAAAACCUCGAUUCCAAAUUGGUGACAAAGUCGUUGCACAUUGUAGCUGGUGUAAUUAUUGCAUUAUUAAUCCAAAUGAAGUUAAUUCUAAAUUGGAUAUUGUGUAUAAACUUCCAGAUUUAAGAGGUUUAUCACCAUCUCUUGGCAUAAGUGCAAUAAGCGCUGUAGGCGCCACAGCAUAUUUUGGAUUUCUUGAAAUUUGUCAUCCUAAAGCUGGUGAAACUGUUGUUGUGACUGGUGCAGCUGGCGCAGUUGGUUCUAUUGUUGGGCAAAUUGCUAAAAUUAAAGGGUGCAAGGUUAUCGGUUUUGCAGGAACAGAUGAUAAAGUUGCAUGGCUCCAGAACGAGCUGGGAUUUGAUAAGGCGUACAAUUACAAAACUUGCAAUGUAAAUGAAGUACUUAAAAUCGCUGCUCCGAACGGUGUAGACUGUUUCUUUGAUAAUGUUGGCGGAGAAAUGAGCAGUAUGAUCAUAAACCACAUGAAUGAUUUCGGUAGAGUGUCUGUUUGCGGUAGUAUCAGCGCAUAUAAUGCUGAUGUUUCUCAGUUACCAAAGGCUCCUAUUUUACAAUUAGACAUUGUUAUGAAGCAGCUGAAAAUUGAAGGAUUUUUAGCUCAUCGAUGGCUUGACCGUUGGCCAGAAGCAUUUGAAGAGCUUAUAAAUUGGAUUUUAGAAGGUAAAAUAAAAAUAAAGGAACAUAUCACUGAAGGGUUCGAUAAUGUAUUUGAGGCCUUUAUUGGAAUGUUAACCGGAAAAAAUACCGGUAAAGCUAUUGUGAAGAUAUAGACACGACGCAUACACAUCAUAAAAAAACAUGAUCAUGAUAAAAAUAUUAUUUUAAAUUUAAAGUAACUAACUAACUUACGUAACUUACUCUAGUAACUAAUUAACUAACGAAUAAGAAUGUCACAAUAAUCAAUUCAGAUUUUUUCCAUAAAAAUGCAUGUUUAAUCAAAUAAACUCUUUU